AUUUAUAAUAAAUAAUUUGCAUUUCAGAUCAUCCAAAUCUCAUUCAGUAGUAAGAAUACGCUUGAUUGGUACACAUGUUACGAAACAAGAGGAGUCAAUAGGAAAUCUGAAUUUAGUCGACUUAGCCGGGUCUGAACAUCUGAAAACUGAAGAAGCUGUUAGAACUGCAAAAACAAAGAAUAUUAACAAAUCUUUAGCCAAUCUUGGCAAGGUAAUUUUAGCACUAUUGAAAAAACAGGAACAUAUACCUUAUAAAAAAUCUAAAUUGACCCACCUGCUUAUGCCUUCUCUAGGAGGCAAUUCAAAAACUUUGAUGUUAUUAAAUGUAUCUCCAUUAGACGAAUGUUAUAACGAGACAUUAAAUUCGCUGAUAUUUGCCAGUAAAAUCAGUAAUUGCAAGACUGGAAAUGGUAAUGAAUAAAAUAAUAAAGACAGAAUACCAUAUGAAAUCGUUUGUAUUUCGUAUGAAGACUUUUGAAGUGCAAUUGAAAAGAGGACCUCCGUAACUAGAUCAAAGAUGUACACCAGCUGUGCAGGGUGAAGAGGUUAUCUCAAACCCAAUUAAGAGCGACUCAAAUGUCAUUACCGCUAAGUACUUCUUGCCAUUUGAGUCAGCAUGUCAGAGCUAAUCACUACGGAUUGUGGUGACACAACACUAGACUGCCUGCAGAAGUUAAUCGCAUAUAGUCAUCUCACUAGCAAUGUGCCUGAUUCAACGAAGCCUAACAAGCUGCUGAUUGUGCGCAUUGUCGAGACAAUUUGCGGUUGCUUCACCGGUCCACAGACUGAUGAGAGUGUGCAGCUGCAGAUUAUUAAAGCUCUGUUGACUGUAAUGACAAGCCAGCAUGUGGAGGUAUACGAGGGUACGAUGAUCAACGUGAUCUUCGCGCGAAUGGAGACUCAGGCGGAGGAAGAGAACGUGAGGCUUGAUGGGGAACAUCAGCAGGAGGGUUCUGUCAUAGCAAACGGCAAAACUGAAGCUGAGAUAAGUCUUAGUUAGCUAAGUCUAACUAGCUCAUCUUCAUGAAACUUUACGUUGCGUGCGUCUAUUUAAUGACGAUGGAUGUAGAAAGCUCUUCAAAUCACUACGAGAGGAUUAUCAAAAGCGAUCUCCUUAUAUCGCAUAUUUAAUCAGAUGUCGUCAGGGAUUGCUGUCGACAUUAGCUCACUUAGAUAGAUUAUGCGUGCGAGUUAAGUGUGAUCGGGAUGCUAUCAAUAAUCAUCUUGUAUCCGUUUGUGUGAGGGU